CUGGAGAACAUAGUAAACCCGACCAUCCACCCCUCACUCUUGCUUCCUGCUGCCGGGGGGGCCCUUUCGACAACUUACAAACUUGCUGACCCGCCGCCGCCGCCGCCUUAUCUUAUUCACUAUCCGACUUUCAAACGUCAACUGCCGUCAAUUGAGAAUUUUACCUUUGUCUCACUUUCCUCCUCUUCAACAGCUUUUCAGGGAAGCUGCACACUGUAAACCCGUCCAACGCGAAAGCGACUGCGAGGCAACGAAAGAUCCAUCCAAACCCCGGCCAGCCCAACAUGGCAGAAAAGUGCGUCCACCAGGGCUGCGGCAAGCUCUACACCGAUGCCGACGAGCCAUGCGUCUACCACCCCGGCCCUCCGGUCUUCCAUGAAGGCCAAAAAGGUUGGAAAUGCUGCAAGCCCCGCGUUCUUACCUUUGAGGAGUUCAUGACUAUUCCCCCCUGCACAACCGGCAAGCACUCCACAACCGACCUGCCGCCAAAGAUUGAGCAGAAGCCCCAAGCGGACCCCGCCGCGGCACCCUCCCUACUCGACAAGCUCGCCACCUCGGCCGACGAACCAGGACGCAAGCCCCUCUCUCAAGCCGCCCAGGCCGCGCCCUCCCCUCCGCCGCCAGCUCCCGAGUCCGAGUCCGAUGACGCCUCCCUCGAGAUCACCGAUGGCACCACCUGCCGUCGCAAGGCCUGCCAAGCCACCUUCCACAAGGGCGCAUCCCGCGACGGCGAGUCCUGCGUCCACCACCCCGGCGUCCCCAUUUUCCACGAGGGCUCCAAGGGUUACAGCUGCUGCAAGCGCCGCGUGCUCGAGUUCGACCAGUUCAUGAAGAUCGAGGGCUGCAAGACCAAGAACCGUCACCUCUUCAUCGGCAGCGGCAAGAAGAAGGCUGCGGCGGCCGGUGGUGAGGAGAAGCUUGACACCGUCCGCACCGACUUUUACCAGACGCCCUCUACCGUCAUCGCCUCCUUCUUCCUCAAGAAGAUUGUCAAGGACUCGGCCAAGAUCGACUUCAAGCCGCAGUCCAUCGCACUCGACCUGCCUACGUCGGACUCGCCGCCCAAGCGCUACACCGCCGAGGUGCCCUUGUUCGCGCCCAUCGACGCGGAGAAGUCCACUUUCAAGGUCCUCGGCACUAAGCUCGAGGUAAACCUUGCCAAGGCCGGCAGUGAGUCGUGGCCAGUCCUGCGGAGUGACGACCGUCUCACUGGGGAGAUAUUACAAAUCGGCAAGGCGGGACGUCUACAGUAGAACUUGAGUACUGCGAAAUGAUACUGUUGCGCUUCGCGCU